AUGGGUGUAGGGGCUACCCCUACGGGGGAGGCCGACACUCGGCCCGGUGCAGGGGCUACCCGUACGGGGGAGGCCGACACCGGGAGCGAGGAGACCGUUGAAAUGGAUGGAGAAAAGACGGCGGAGCGAAGAUACCCCGCUAGAGCGAGGCGAGCGCCCGGGGAGUGGUAUCCGGCGAAAACGGGGGAGCACCCCAAGGGAUCGGGGGAGCAUCUAAACCCGCAAACGUAUCAGGAACCCAAGCACACAACUUUGCGGGCGCUACUAGCGGUGGUUGCGGAGCGCGACUUGAAGUUGCACCAGUUGGACGUCAAGACGGCGUUCCUCAACGGUGAACGGGGGGCGGCUUUACCUCUCGUUUGGGUGGACGACAUCCUUGUCGCGGCCCGGGGAGCGGUGCGAAUUGCGAAGGUGAAGGCGCGCUUGGCGGACAAGUUCGACGUGCGGGACUUGGAGGAGGCGACAUACUUGCUCGAGAUUGAGUUGGCGCGCGACUGGGAGGCGCGAACUUUGAAACUCACGCAAAAGAAGCUCACCAGAGAGCUUGUUGGGCGGCACGGAUUGGCGGGCGCACGGGCGAGCUCGGUCCCCAAUAGUGCGGGGGAGAAGUUGACGAGAGAGGGUGAGCCGCUGACACGGCGAGAAACCCCUACAGCGAGCUCAUUGGGAGCUCUCUACUUGAGCGUGUGCACGCGGCCCGACAUUGCUCAGGCCUUGGGGGCAUUGGCACGCUACGCAAGCGCGCCAACGGAGGCACAUUGGGCGGCGGCGCUUGGGGUCAUGCGCUAUUUGGUGGGGACCGCGGAGGACGGAAUAACCUUCGGGGGGAGCGGUGAGGUCCUUGAGGCGUAUGCAAUGCGGACUUUGCGAGGGACGUUGAUACGAAGCGUUCCACGACCGGGUACGUCUUCUUGA